GAGGCCAUCUUGGCGCGGGACGCGCGCUCCUCUGGUCUUCCUCGUCCUCGGCCAGACGGAUCUCCGCGCCGGACACUCCGGAUACCGACCCCGACCCGCGUGGGCAGCUUCCGCAUAGGCGCUCGCUCGGUCCCAGAGUGCACCAUAGUUGAGGAAAAAUGAUGGAAGAAAGUGGAAUAGAGACAACUCCACCUGGAACUCCUCCCCUGAACCCUGCAGGCCUGGCUGCUGCUGCCAUGCCCUCCACUGAAGUUCACUUAGCUGCAACCAGUUCCUUCUCAUCUCCCAAUGUGUCUGGGAUGGAGUCCUUGCCACCACAUGUGUAUUCCACGCCUCAGCCAUCCCUGCCCCCUGUGCAGCCGUCCGCACCGCCCCCUUUUGUGCCGAUGUCUCCAGCUCCUGCCGGUCCCCUGAGUGGCCCUUCAGUGCUGCCCUCUGUGUCUUCAUCACCUGGCAUUGCCUUCAGCAGCCCCCCUUUGCCCCACUUCCCGCCUGCCACUUCCGCCUCUGGGGCUCUUUUGUCCACACCACCUGCGGGUCCUCCGAUAUCGGGGUUUUCUGUUGGUGCAGUUUACGACAUCACGAGGGGCCACGCCGGGAGAGCUCCCCAGACACCUUUGAUGCCGUCCUUUUCUGCACCUCCAGUCUCAGGUAUUUUGCCGGCCCCCAUCACUCAGCAAACCAGUAUGACAUCGCUGGCACAGGGGCCUGGAACCACAUCAGCCAUUACCUUCCCAGAGGAACAGGAAGAUCCUAGAAUUGCGAGAGGCCAGGAUGAUGCACCUGCUGGUGGGAUCUGGGGUUUUAUCAAGGGCGUGGCUGGAAAUCCUAUGGUGAAAUCUGUGCUUGAUAAGACCAAGCAUUCGGUAGAGAGCAUGAUCACGACGCUGGACCCUGGCAUGGCUCCAUACAUCAAAUCUGGAGGUGAACUGGAUAUCGUUGUAACCUCAACUAAAGAAGUGAAAGUGGCUGCUGUCCGAGAUGCCUUCCAGGAGGUCUUUGGCUUAGCUGUGGUUGUGGGGGAAGCUGGACAGUCCAACAUCGCCCCACAGCCAGUAGGCUAUGCAGCGGGAUUAAAGGGUGCCCAGGAACGCAUAGAUAGCCUGCGGAGGUCUGGCGCGAUCCACGAGAAGCAGACUGCUGUGUCAAUAGAAAACUUCAUCGCUGAGCUGCUGCCUGACAAAUGGUUUGACAUCGGCUGCUUGGUGGUUGAAGACCCUGUGCAUGGCAUCCGCCUGGAAGCCUUUACUCAAGCCACACCGGUGCCUCUGGAGUCUGUGCAGCAGGCGCAAAGCCUGACUCCCCAGGACUACAAUCUGAGGUGGUCAGGUCUAUUGGUGACAGUGGGUGAAGUCCUGGAAAAGAGCUUGCUAAACGUCACCCGGACUGAUUGGCACCUUGCUUUCACUGGCAUGUCUCGCCGACAGAUGAUCUACAGUGCAGCCAAGGCUGUGGCGGGCAUGUACAAGCAGCGCCUGCCACCCAGGCCCAUGUGAGACCAGCUGCUGCGAAAUGGAGACCUGCUGUCACCUUUGGCUCUGUGUUAGAGGAGACUGGAUAGCUUCAGAGAAUCCAACAGCUUUUACAAUUUUCCUAUAGGCUGCAGUCCUUUUAAAAGAGAUUUUUUAAAAAUAAAGGCACAGUGUCAUUCCAGUAAAACAAAAGAAGUAGGUCCUCUUUUUACUGUCAUGAUUUCAUACAUCCUAGUUCUCAAAACACAUACACAUACAUUUACAGCACAGUUCACUAUACCAAACUUAUAAAGUGGAAAUCCGAGUUCAUAUAUUUGAUUGUCCUUGGCUCUUCUGGUUUCUUAAGAAUAUGUAAUGAGGUCAGUGUGUUAAGUAUCUGGCUAAGGCUUGUUUCCUGUUGUCAUCUGUAUGCGAAUGUGAUCUCAGGUUUAAUGGUGAGCAGUGCACAUGCUCAAUAAUGGACCUACAUGCUUGCUGUGUAUGUAUGUGUAUACAGUUCCAUGUGUCUUAUAGAAUAUGGGCCAAAUUAACAGAAUGGAGAUUAUUUUUUGUCAUUAUGUACAUGUAUAGUUUGGAAGUUAUACUUGUUUCUUUUUUGUUUUAAAUUUUCACAUUUUAUAGAUUUAUACUACGAAGAGUGGAAAGUAACAUUUUUCUUUGUUGCUAUGUAAGAACUAUCAACCAAGUUUAUUUUAGAUCAGAAGUUAUUCAUCUUAUUUUUUUUUAUUUUGCUUUGAGAUUUAAAAAAAUUGUGUAUUGUUGUUUUGCUUGCGUGUGUGUCUAUGCACCAUGUGUGUACAGUGCCCAGCGAGGCCAGAAGAGGGCAUCAGAACCCUAAAACUGGAGUCAUAGUUGGUUGUGAGCAACCAUGUGGGUGCUGGGUAUCGAACCUUGCUCUUCUAGAACAGCAAUCAAUGUCCGUAACCACUGAACCAUCUUUCCAGCCCCCUCAUGUUAUUUUUGUACAGUGGUAUGAGCACUUCCACAAUUCAGUUUUCAUGAUAGCUGUUCUUCCUGCAUCCAGCCACAGCCUCUACGCUGUAAGAAGGGGGCCCCUUCUUUUGGGAUGGAGUGCGUUUUCUUUAUUUAAAGUUGCUGUUUGUAUUAUUUGAGAAGCCCAUUCAGUGUGCUUUAAUAGCACUCACCUCCCACCCCUCCCCUAACUCUUCCAUUCCCACCACGUGCUCCCCUUCUUGGCCUCUUUUUUUUUUUUUAACAUCCCACCAAGUCCAAUUUCUACUGCCCAAAUAGGUGUGAGGCUAGCAACCAGUUGACCUACAAGGGACUACACCCUUGAAAAUUUACUGUCCUUCAGAAUCUGUCAACUCCUAAUAACUCCCCAGCCUGGGGGGGGGUGGGGAGUCAUGAGCUGGAUGUUGACUGGCUGGACCCUGUGUAGAUUAACGUGGUUUCUUGGUUUGCCUUAAGCUCAGCUAGACUUUUCUAACUGUGCCCUCCUGCCUUUAUUUCCUAUGGAUGUUUUCAAGGGAAUGAUUUUAUAUUCAAUGUAGUUUCUUUAAUCCAUUGCAUUUACUGGAUGCUUUUUCCUCCCUGAAAUAAUAUAUUUUACCAUUUGGAGAUUUAAAUAAGUCAAAAUUAAGUAAAUUUUUUUCUAACAUAGUUGAACUCUGUAUAUGCAAUUCAAGUAUCUUCCUGAAGACAAUUUGGUACAGAAAUGUAAUUUAACUUUGCUGUCCUUGUCGAUACAGUUCUGUAGUAUCAGAGUUAAUCGACUCUGUACUUACUCUUCUCUGUCCUCACAUGCACAGUGUGCUGUUCCAUUAUGCUUGGCGGCAGUGAUGCCAUUGCUGCUGCUUUUACAGAAGGAGGAGAAUUACUACUUUUGAGGUGGGUCUGUGUUAAUUAAUCCCCAAGCACUGUGUGUGUUGCUUAGUUAGACAGGAAGGAAGUCUGGCUGUGGUGAUGUACCUGGCCCAGGUUAAUCCAGUACUUCUCAUUGAUUCUUCUUGCAUAAAACGCAGAGCCUUAUCACUUGCUGCUGUGCAGUUUUUAAAAACUGUCCUUUGGGUCUGGGGAUGCAGCUCUGUGAUGGAACACUAGCUAAUGUCACACCCUAGGGUCAGUCCCCAGAACACACACACACACACACACACACACACACACACACACACACACACACACACACACACACACGAUCGGCAGGGGGAACUGUUCUUGUCUUAACAGUAUUUGAUGGGGUGUUGCCUGGAUGGUGGUGUUUUGUUAUACUCCAUAGGCUAGUUUUGCAGAUCCUGAUGGUACUCUAUUUCUUCCCUUCCUUGUUUUAUUGAAUCUGUGUUACCUUAGUUACUGUUUCAGAGGGUCAUUCCAGUAGAAUCAGUGGGGGUCACUGACAUCUCAUUGGGUGACGGCUUUCCUUGAGUCCUAAAUAACCAUGGCAGAUUUAUGCCAGGGCUUGAUUGAAAGUGGAGAACCAUAGUUACCUAGUCUGCCUUCUGUGAGGAGGGGAGCAGGGAUGAAGGGCAGAUGAAAGAGAGAACUGUUUGACCCAAUGUGACCCUUCUGUAGAUGGUUUCCUCUGGCCCAGGGUUCUCUCUGGCGGGUGUCAGAGCGGGGCUGACUCCACCUCUCAUCUUCCCUAACCCUUGUCAUCGGGAGUCCCCUCCUCAGUCUGCAUGGUGCCAUCUAGACCUGGACAGUUCAAAGCAUGAUUCUCUUCCCAGGCCUUCUGUUCUUGGCCCCUUUCUCUUCCUGCCUGUUUUUGUAUAACUUCCACACUGACAUUUUUAGGGGGUUUGUGGGUGGCUGCUGCAUUUUUCAGGCCUUCAAGGAAAAAAAUCAUAAUUGUCACAGUGUUGGCAUUAUUGAAUUUUUAUUUUUAUCAGUAAGAAAAAUAAUUUAACAUCAGCCUCACAAGACUGCUCAGCUGUUUAGUUCCUAGGUCGGCCUAUUCUGUUUUGUUGCUUUUCUUGUUUUGCUCUGGCCUGGUUGGCUUGUAACAAUGCUAGGUGGGAGCUGAGAGCAUCAUUUACUGUAGGCCAGCACUCCACACUGCUCAAGAGCCCCGGCCUCGGCCUCAGCCCCAAGACCCUACUCAGUUUUUGAGACAGCUCUACUGAAGCUCUACCAUGGACUUCUGCAGUUGGAAAAGUUUUAGAAUCUGGGAGUUGUCCCUACUGAUCCCUUGUCAUUGUUUUCCAGUCUUCUUUCCUCAGUCUUUAGAGGUAAGAUACUGCCAUCUUAAGUGUAGGCAUACAAGAAAACAAAUGAAAGCACACAUGCACAUGUGCUCUGAAUUAUGCAAAUUAGCAGUUACUCAGGGUCAACUAAAUUACUUCACCUCCCCUUUACUUUACUCGUGUUAUUUGGCAAAAGGAAAACAAAAACUAAGGACUGUGUGAUUUGUGAAGCCAAAUUGAUAAUCUGUUGUAAAAAUUGUUGAGUUAAACAUAAAUUAUUACAAAGUGUAGAGUUUUCCUAGGAUAUUGUAUUCAUUUUGUGAUAUUAUGUAGAGUGAUGUAUUGGAUAAAAUCAAUUUUGUAAGUAUGUAAAUAUGUCAUAAAUAAAUACUUUGACUUAUUUCUCAGAA